GCUCAUUUCCUGUGAAUUUGACUGAGGCCCUGUCUCCAGCCAAGGCAGCAGCGGUAACCGGGGAGAGGGCAUCGAGGCCGGCUUCCAGCAGCAGGACAGGGGGCCGGGCUGAUUGACCAGCGGCUGGGUCCACGAUGCCAAGGCUGAGUCACAGUGAGUACGUUCUCCAACAGCUCAACAACCAGAGGGAAUGGGGCUUUCUGUGCGACUGCUGCAUCAUCAUUAACGACAUCUACUUCCGAGCUCACCGGGCCGUGCUGACUGCCUGCAGCUCCUAUUUCCGAAUGAUGUUUAUCAGCCAGCAACAGCUGACGGGGAACCUGAGCCUGAGCAAUGUCAACAUCAGUGCCGAGUGCUUCGACCUCAUCCUGCAGAUCAUGUACCUGGGGAGGCUGGUCGGUGUGCCCUCGGACUUUGAGGAGCUGCGAUCCGCCAUGAUCUUCCUACAGCUCUACUAUGUACCCAAGAGCCUGGACGAGCUUCAGCAGCAGAGCGACAGCAAGGCCGCACUGUCCCCGCCAACCGCCGUGGCCCAGCAGCCCAGAGGCGCCAUGAUGUUCGGGGUGCGGAUGUACGAGGAGCCACCGGGCGAGCCGAGCAAGCGGAAGCGGCGGGAGCCGAGCCCAGAGGUGAACGGGCUGUGCAACGCUCCGGCGGCUCCCCAGCCGCCGCCUCUGGCCGUUUCCGAGGCCCCGGCCCGGAGGCAGGGUCGGCCGGGCCCGAAGGGCAGGCUCCAUCCCCGCUUUGGUAAGCGCUACACGUGCGAUUGCUGUGGCUUCGUCUUCAGCUGCGAGAAGCUGCUCAACGAGCAUGCGCAGACCUGCAACAGCCGGCGCGCGCCCGCGCCUCGCGACGGGCAGGAGCACGAGGGCCAGCCCCAAAAGGCGGGUCCCAGCGCGCGGCCCGACGCGGAGGAGCCGCCGGCACUGCCUGAGGGGAACGGUGGCCGCCUGGCGGUGAAGGCGGAGCCCGAGGACAUGGCGGCGGUCGACCUGCGCGACAUCACUGUGGUGCAGGUCGCAGACGACGGCGAGCUUGCCUCGGACGAGGAGGAAGAGGAGGAGGAGGAGGAGGAGAAGGCCCUGGCCCUUAAGGGCGCUGGCAAACACCGCGCCCGCUUCCCGGCGGUUGGCACCGGUGGGCACCGGACAUUGGAGGGUCACCCCAAGUGGACCGAGAAGGAGGAGGAGGAUGAGGAGGAAGAAGAAGAGGAGGACGAGGAGGAUGAGGAGGAGGAAGGGGGCACCUUGGUCGGUAUCGACCUGGGCACCACUUACUCGUGCGUCGGUGUCUUCCAGCAUGGAAAGGUGGAAAUCAUAGCCAACGACCAGGGGAACCGCACCACCCCCAGCUACGUGGCCUUCAAUGACACCGAGCGGUUGAUCGGUGACCCAGCCAAGAACCAGGUGGCCAUGAACCCCACCAACACCGUCUUCGACGCCAAGAGGCUCAUCGGCCGCAACUUCGACGACCCGAUGGUGCAGACCGACAUUAAGCACUGGCCCUUCACCGUCAUUAAUGAGGGAGGGAAACCCAAAGUUCAGGUGGAGUACAAAGGAGAACUGAAGACUUUCUUUGCUGAGGAGAUUUCCUCCAUGGUGCUAACAAAAAUGAAGGAGAUUGCAGAGGCAUACCUAGGUACUCCUGUGAGGAAUGCUGUCAUCACAGUGCCCGCUUAUUUUAAUGAUAGCCAAAGACAAGCCACCAAAGAUGCUGGAACCAUUGCUGCUUUAAACGUGCUGAGGAUUAUCAAUGAACCAACUGCAGCUGCUAUUGCAUAUGGACUAGACAAAGCAGGGUCUGGUGAACAUAAUGUCCUCAUCUUUGACCUGGGAGGUGGAACAUUUGAUGUUUCUGUCCUCACCAUUGAGGAUGGUAUAUUUGAAGUCAAGUCCACUGCUGGAGAUACUCAUUUGGGAGGAGAAGAUUUUGACAAUCGCAUGGUGAGCCAUUUCAUAGAAGAGUUCAAAAGGAAAUUUAAGAAAGAUAUCUCCCAGAGCAAGCGGGCAGUAAGACGUCUGCGUACAGCUUGUGAGCGUGCUAAGAGGACCCUAUCCUCAAGUACGCAAGCUAGCCUUGAGAUUGAUUCACUAUAUGAAGGGGUUGAUUUCUAUACAUCCAUCACUAGGGCUCGGUUUGAGGAACUGAAUAAUGAUCUCUUCCGAGCCACACUUGAGCCUGUUGAGAAAGCCCUUCGUGAUGCCAAGAUCGACAAGUUUCGGAUUCAGGAUAUUGUUCUUGUAGGAGGCUCCACGAGAAUCCCUAAAAUUCAGAAACUGCUUCAAGAAUUAUUCAGUGGAAAAGAGCUGAACAAGAGCAUCAAUCCAGAUGAAGCUGUAGCUUAUGGUGCAGCUGUACAAGCGGCCAUUUUAACAGGUGAUAAGUCUGAAAAUGUGCAGGACCUGUUGUUGUUGGAUGUUAGUCCACUAUCUCUAGGUAUUGAAACAGCUGGGGGUGUCAUGACUCCACUCAUCAAACGAAACACAACCAUCCCCACCAAACAGACUCAGAUCUUCACUACGUAUUCUGAGAAUCAAACCAGUGUCCUUGUUCAAGUUUAUGAAGGUGAGAGGGCAAUGACCAGAGAUAACAAUCUACUUGGCAAGUUUGCCCUUUCUAAUAUCCCACCAGCUCCCCGUGGAGUACCACAAAUCGAGGUGACCUUUGACAUAGACGCUAACGGUAUCCUGAACGUUUCAGCUGUAGACAAGAGUACAGGCCGAGAAAACAAGAUCACUAUUACUAAUGACAAGGGUCGGCUGAGCAAAGAUGAAAUAGAGCGCAUGGUGCAGGAUGCAGAGCGCUACAAGACUGAAGAUGAUUCUAACCGUCAAAGAGUGACUGUCAAAAAUGCCCUAGAGUCCUAUGUGUAUGCUAUGAUGCAGGCUGUACAAGAUGAGAAGUUGAAAGGGAAAAUCACUGACCAGGAAAGGAGCAGUAUCCUUGCGAAGUGUCAGGAGGUUCUCACUUGGUUAGAAAGAAACCAGACAGCAGAGAAGGAAGAAUUUGAACACCAGCAGAAGGAGCUGGAGAAAGUUUGCAAGCCAGUAGCCAAAUUCUUUCGCUGUCCCUGUGCUGGGGUACCAGCAGGAGCUGGUAGUGCCUCUGAACCUAGCAAUGCCAGUGGACCCACAAUUGAAGAAGUUGACUGAGUGAUAUAGGUAGGAAAGAAUUGAAGACAGUCUGCUCAGAUUUAUGGACUGCUGCUUGAUUUCUAGAUUGCUUCAGUAUUUUGGAACGAAAAAGAACAGGAAGAUUUGAUGGCAUGUUGGAGAGUACAUGCUACUCAACUGUUUAGUUACCUUUUUACAGCUUAAAAUUUUGCAGAGCAUUAACUUAUUGUAGUUUCUUAAUGAGAGAUUAUGACCCAGGUCACCCAUUGUGUUUCUUUUUAAUUAACAAUGGAGUUCUUCACAAACUCAAAUGUGAGCUUAUUCUGAUGAAAUUUACUCAACUAUCAAAUAGGGAGAAUAUAGAUCAGGGAAGAAUGAAUACAAGCGAAAGAGACUCCACCAUAACAAACCCACACCAUCUUUAGCUGGGACCUGUCCUCAACAGAAUAAGGAGUGUGUUAACUUGUUUUGGGGAAGCAUGUAUAUGACUUAAAAAGAUCCUAUACUUAGCCAUCACAAUUUGGCUGAUCUGCAGUGAUGUAAAACUUUGCUUCUAUUCUUUUAUGAUAGUUGGGAGGAGGGACUGCAGCCUUGCAGUAGAGAGAGUGGGGAACGUUGCUGGCUUGACAGACUUUCUAUAUUCUGGAAGUGGAGGGAAUACUACAUCCAGCGUGUCAGACGCCUUCAUAAUCAUUCUGUACUACUGGACAACAUUAAACUGCAGUCUGUCUGUAGUGGAUGGACUUCAGAAAUGUCUUGGAGGCUCUGACUUGCCUAUAUCCUCUUGAUUACACCUGCCCUCUUCUGGCCAAACUCUUGUUCCCAAUCCUCAUCAUCAUAACCCACACCCUGACCCUGAUUUCUCCAUCAGUCAUACCCUUCCCUCCCAAACCACAAUCUACCUGGAAGCCAGACAAUCUGCACCCUCCUUCAUCACUGUAGGCCUCUGGCUAGUUGACAUCACUCAGAUUGUGAUGCACACUCAUCACCCAAUCACAAACUUUGUUUCUCUCUGUUGCAAUUGCUGCUGAUGGAUUCUCCAGUAAUUGUGGAAGAGAAAAUGCCUUUGACUGGAAGGAGCUGAUGCUUGUGAAAUCUUCCAGAUAUAUUUUGAAGAAUGAUUUGGCAAGCCAUACAGAAUCUCUUUGUAAACCGGCUUUUGGUGAAAAUAUAACUGCUGCAAACAUUACAGUUAACUCUGGUUUCAAGAGUGUGAACCGCUCUCAGUGGAUGCAAAGCUUUGACUUUUAAAAAUGUUUGUGUUCUUUAUUAAACUAAGAAAAAGUUUUAAACAAAAUCAGAAAGUGCUGGAAAUACUCAACUUCUAUAGCAUCUGUGGUAAUAGUUAAUGAAGUAGGUCGUCAUGACCAGGGGAUAAACGUUGGUAUGUGUUUGGAUUUCAGUAACGACUGAGAAGGGAAAAAGAUAAAGAAUGGUUUGAUAUUGGGUGAAAGAUGGGAGAGAUUUAAUAAAAGAAGAAUUUGUUCUGUAGUUCAAAAGGGAAUUGAGACUGGUCAACAGAAGAAACUUUAGGAUGUGUCUCAAGCAAGUGGGCUACUGUCUAAAAGCAAC